AUGGCUUCAGCCAAGUGCCAAUUUGUCCUUGGCAUCAUCCUAGUGGUCUUUCUGGGCACGUGGCACGUGUCUUCAGCAGCGGAGGGGACAGCAGAGGUUUUGACACCCAGGGACAACCUUCAAAUCGCCAAUGCUGAGAAGACGUGCCACUUGGCCAACUUGUUUCUCCACUCCUUGGCAGAUGAUGACGGUGUGGCCGAACCCAUUGAUAUCCAUCCAGUGGAUGGGGGAAAGGUCCGGAAAUAUGCUGCAUCCUUGGACUACAGCGUGAAUGGUUUCCAUCUUCUGGCGACCGCCAGCCCACGGGAUAGUUGCAAACUAGAUGAAAUCAGUGAAUCCUCAUCCGCAGUGAUGUUAGAUCCAGGGGAUGCCAGAAAUUUAGAGAUCUUUGUCCUGGCGAAGCAUCACAAUAUUGAUGGCUUGGAUUCUCAAAAGUACCUACUGAAUGUGAGCCGAUUAGCUGGCAGCGAAACCGCUCUGAAAGAUGUCCACGUGCCUGGAGCUUACUUCGUGCCAGGGUGGAAGCCAGAGGUGAAACGCUUCACUGUCUACUUGAAUUUGGAGGAGGACUUAGUGAAGUUUCAGAUCCUGAAGCUGGACAACGGACAAGCAGUGAAGAUGGUGGCCGAACUUCAAGAGGUAACUGCGGAGCUUCCGGGGCGACGUUUGCAGGGCACGGAGGUGCUCAGCAUGCCACACAGCAGUCCCCAGGUUGGGGAGGCUCAGCAUUUGACGUCCACCUUGAUGACCACCUUGGACGUGGGCCACACGCGGGUGGUGCAGAUCCAGGUCACCUCGGCGGAUCGAUCUCGUGUGCACAACUACUACUUCACCGUGAAGCGGCCUCCCUGUCCGGUGGAUCGCCGCUUCUUCGACGGGCAGAGCCGUCGUUGCACGGACAUUUGUAAUGAAGGAUUCUAUGGAAGUAGCACCACAGGACGCUGCACUCGUUGCAUCGAUGAGCAGUGUGCCGUUUGCCAGGGACUUCACUGCAGUCUUUGCUUUGACGGCUACGAGCUCCAAAGUGGCCUAUGUGUUCCAAAAGGCAGUGGCACUGGUUUGGCAACCAUCAAUACCAUUGAGUCGGGUAUGUCUAGCUAUGCUUGGAAGCACCAGACAUUGGUGUUGGUUGUUGCAACUUCUGUGAUUGUUGUAUGCCUGGCGUGCUUGACAGCUUUGUGCCACUCCGGUGGUUUUCGACAUCGCAAAGGUUCGCUGCUUGGGGACGACGAUGACGAGGGUGAUGACUAUGAAUACUACCCUGGCUCCGGAAGAGGAUGA